GCUCGCUCAGGCUGCCGCCGCCGCCGCCGCCGCCACCACCACCACCGCUCUCCUCUGCUGCGGGGCCACAGCUCUGAGUGUCAUUCAAGGGACAGCACAACCUCACCCAAGCUCUCCUACCUCUGCCCAGCCGUCCCUCUCAUCCUCCCCCUUCCUCGUCCACACUCCAUCCAAAGAAGAGGGAAAGCACCGAACAGAGGGGGAGGAAGGCAAAGUCCUCUCUUCUCACCUCUUGGCCCCCUCGCUCCUCAUCCUCAUUCUCCCGCCGCCAACGCCCCCCCUACCCAAAAGGAACCCCCUCAGGAGCUGAGGCGACUCGCCCCACUGCCAUGUCCAAAAGCUUGAAAAAGAAAAGCCACUGGACUAGCAAAGUCCAUGAGAGUGUCAUUGGCAGGAACCCGGAGGGCCAGCUGGGAUUUGAACUGAAGGGGGGCGCCGAGAAUGGACAGUUCCCCUACCUGGGGGAGGUGAAGCCCGGCAAGGUGGCCUAUGAGAGCGGCAGCAAGUUGGUGUCGGAGGAGCUGCUGCUCGAGGUGAACGAGACCCCCGUGGCGGGACUCACCAUCAGGGACGUGCUGGCAGUGAUCAAACACUGCAAGGACCCCCUCCGGCUCAAGUGUGUCAAGCAAGGUCCCAUGGAACUCAUUUAAAUCAGAGCUUCCAUUGACUUAAAGGCCUAGGUACCAUGAUGAUUACUUUACAAACAUAACAAAGACACACUACAGCU